AUGGAGCACGAGGUGCCCGCCGCCGCGACAGUUGAGGCGGAGCCACUGCAGGACAGCCAACGGGCUACCAAAGGAGCAGCGGACGCAGACCAGCAAGGACCCGCGGGGCAGGCGCUUCAGACGGGAAAUCCUGCUCGCGUGCUGCUGGAAGGUCAGGCAGUGCGCAUCGUGGGCAUCAAGGGCCGCACGCUCCUCAAUGGCACCGAAGGCGUUUUGGGAACGUAUGAUACUGGCAGCGACCGUUGGGUCUUCAAAUCUGGGUCGGAGGCCUUACGCAUUCGCCCAUGCAACCUAGAGUGCGUCGGCAAGAGCACCAAGCAGGUUCUCAGGCAUGCUUUUCACCAGGCAGCGGAACGAUUCCAGUACCACAGCAAGUUCAUGACGAAUGACGUCUUCGACAAGCUUUACGACUUCGCAGCGAGUCAAGGGCAGCCGGGCGUUGGCAUGUUCUUCAGAGAUUUCUGCCAGCACGAGCAGAUCUUCGACCAGUGGUACGCGCGCAUGGGGCCAAGUACUUCCAGUACUUCCUGA